AGAGCAUCUACUUCCGCUGGCUACGAGGCGUGUGAUUGGUUGCUCAGUUUACCGACUGCGAUGAUUGGUUCCAUUGUUUAUUGUCAACACGAUUUGCACCGGAUGUGAAACGGAAUCAGCUCUGCUAAUACGAAAGCCUUCUAGAUCCACUUCUUGAUACUGUGAUCGGCUUCCACUGAGACAAUGUCUGACAGUGAUGGUCCAGCUCCAGAGCCUGCCGGACUGGAUGGUCUGCCGCCACUGUACAGCAUUUCCAAGGGAGAGGUGGUCUCUGUACAAACCUACGGAGCUUUUGUCCGACUGCCAGGAUACAAGAAGGAAGGCCUGGUACAUGUGAGUGAGAUGUCAGCUACACGGGUUGAGAACGCCUCAGAGAUCGUCGAUGUGGGCGAACAGGUGUGGAUAAAAGUCAUUGGAAAAGAGAUUCGGGGUGACAAGGUGAAAUUGUCCUUCUCAAUGAAAGCUGUCAAUCAGGGAACAGGGCGGGACUUGGACCCUAACAAUGUCAUGGCAGAGCAGGAUGCGAGGCGACGUAAGCAGUUUAGAGACCAAACUGGCAACAGGAUCACACUGGAGGCUGUGCUCAACACGACGUGUUCAAAGUGCGGCUGCAAGGGUCACUUUACAAAGGACUGUUUCUCUGCUCCGGGCCUGCAGUACGCCCUUUUGCCUGAAGAGGACGAUGCUGAGCCGCGGCAGCAACAGCAGCAGACCUCCACAGUUGCAUCACAGCAAGACUCAGACAAAAAGAAGAAGAAAAAGAAGGAGAAGAAAAUGAAGAAGAAGAGGAAGAGGGAGAGGAAGGAGUCAGAGAGCGACAGCAGCAGCAGCAGCAGUAGUGAAUGUAAAACCAAGAGGAGGCGCCACGAUCACACUCGCGACAGAGAGGACAAAAAGAAGAAGAAACACAAGAAACACAAAUCUCAUAAACACAGCUGAGAUCUGACACACAUGUACACUACAUUCACACACUGCAGCUAUCACACAGAUGCAAAAGGGGAAGUGGGUAGCAACAGAUGGACGGGCAGACUUCCAGGCCAUAUAUCUUUACAUAAUCUCUCCACCAACAGCUUAUUAUAGAAACUUUCAUCCAAGUUAAGGAAAUGUUUGCUAACUGUCUUUCCAAGUAAUUGAAAGUACAAUUAAACCUCCCAUCAAGUUAAAAAAAAGUGGUUAAAACCCAAAAAUCAGAUGACCACUUGUCCCUAUGUAACCUCUGGCUCCACAGAGGGAGGAGUUCAUACAUCACACGAAACCAGAUAGGGGUAAGCAAUAUGGCAGCAUGUGACUAGCCAUCUUGAACUCCAGAUAUUGUUCACAGCUAUCCGGUUUCUAAUGCUCUGGGAAAUCCGUUAAGCAGACAUGAGGCGGUAAAGCCGACUCUUAGGGAGGGUCUGACAUGAAAAACCUUGAAAUAAUCCACACAGAGAAAGCUGUAUACACACACACACACACACACACACACACACACACACACACACACACACACACACACGCACACACACACGCACACACACACUCAGACACACACAGAGAGGAAGAGGUAAAGCCACAAACAGGAAAUGUAAUGUAGUACAAGUGAGCAUGACAGGAACCCCGUGCUAUGGUGAUAUCCUUAGGUUGUCCGCCGCUUAUUGUGCAUCUGUGUGUACAUCCAUGUGUGUUUGUGUAUCUUGUCUCCAGGGGACUGCUCACAGUACACACCCCCCUCUUCCUGCAUGUCAACUGUUAACUCCAUUAAAGGUGUUUUUAUUUGUAAAGGUAAAACAAAAAUGCCUCUUGAUGUCUUUGUUCUUGGACCUUGAAAUCAUAAUGUUGCUAUCAAAGUCAGUCCGUGGGGAACCAAAACACACACACACACACACACACACACAAACUUUAGAAAUUCUCAGGUUGGGUCUGGUCCACCCUGGGGUCAUAUGAAGUUAAUGUUUUGAAGUGAAGUAAGGCAUCCUAGGACUGGAUUGAGGGAUUGGGUUGGGUCGUGUCCCACGAGGUAAAAAGUUCCAUAAAAUCAAUAACCCUGUCUUUUUCUAUAAGAUGAACCCUUGUCAACAAAAUAAGGCAACGUCAGGGACUCAAUAUCUUGUUUCUUUAUGCUGUUUUGACCUAGUUUCCAUGCUUCUACAUGUAGGAUUUUGGAGUGAUAGAUUGUUUCCAGCUGCAGUGGUUUGACACGGCUCCAGUGAGCACACUCCCCUGUUAAUCACUCGAGUUUAUUGGUCAGUGUCAGUCCUCUUCAUUUUCUCACACUCAAUUUCUCUUGUUUGCAACAGACAGAUAUACAAGAUGAAGUUAAUACGGUCGUUUUAAUAUUUUUUUGCGUAACUCAGAGCAUGCACAACCAGAAUUGUGAACUUGUGUUCAUUAAUGCACGUAAUUUGAAAACAAUGGCAUCAAUCAGUCAGAAAAAUCCUGUGGAAUCCUGUUGUUCAACUUGUACUACCAUGUUUGAGUUGACCUUUAGGGAUCGUUGGGUUUUUUCCCCCCAUACAGGAAAUAUCCUUGAAAUUUGUAACAUUUGUGCUUCCAUAGGGGAAUAACCCAUUUAUCUUUGUACAUUGUGUUGGAAGGAUUUUGAAAAACACAAUUACAGGACAAUGAAUUGUCAUUUGGAGUCAAAUGAGCUGACACUGGGCGAGGGUGGGGUACACCCUGGACAGGCUGCCAGUUCCUCACAGGGCUGACAUACAGAGACAAACAACCAGUCACAUUCACACCUAUGGGCACUUAAGAGUCGCCAAUUAACCUAUUGUGCUGUUCGACUGUUUUUGGACAGUGGGAGGAAGCCAGAGGCCCCAGGGGAGAGCCCACGCAGGCGCAGGGAGAAGACACAGAAAGGCCCCAGGCCCCUCUCCCUGUGAGGCUAACCUCACCGGACCACCGUGCCGCCCAAGAUAAGGUUUCUUAAUAAUUAUUUUUACUUUUUUUUGUCAAACUAUUUUACAAAGUCAAGUAUGAACUUUCAAUCUCAAUAAUUUAACAACUUACGUUUUGCUGCAAAUGUAUUUAUAUGGAUCUCUUCAUGCAGUAACAGUCCGCUCAUACUGUACAUGCAGUAUAUUUAGUUGUGCAAACACUUGUCUGUACGAAUUGGAUUUUUUUAAGAGAACUGGCAUGGUCAGUAUGAAUAUUUCUUUUUCAGUUUUCAUCUUUUAUAUUGGUUGUUCCCAACCUUUUGUUGUCACAUAUACCAUUCACAUGUUUGUGUAAUUCAUCAUUAAUUCGUAUAGAUGGGAUGGCUUUCAUUCAAAUGUGCCAUAGUGUUUCACUGCUGAGAAAACACAGUGCCUGUGUAGGAGCUGUAAUCCUGGCAUUAUCUGUGUUCAGGUGGUUGCGGGGUGGCAGUGUUCAUCAGUGUGUGGUCUGUCUUUCAUACUUUCAUACUUCUACCACAUGGACAUUUUUACCGUUUAGUUACUUACUAUAUGUGUAGUUUGACUUUUUCUAUUCGGUUGCUUUUUGUGCACUUACUUUUCUCAAACACAAAUAUGUAGCUAAAGUUAUCCAUAGAUGCAAGAAGGCUGUUGCAUUGUUUACAGAUCAUCUUAUCCUGUAACCCUUUCAUGUCAGGGUAACUAUAGGACAAAGUGGCAGAAGGUCGCCUGAUUCGUCCUGAGCCCUUUCACCCCUUCACCUUGCUCCUAGUUGGCAGUCUGUCACAAACACAUGACACCUAUCUACUGUGGGAGGGAAUGAUCCAAAUUUAGAAAGCACACACACACGCACACACACGCACACACACGCACACACAUCUAAUGUACAAGUGCAGGAUAUGACAGCACUCGCACACCUAGUGCUAGCUUUAACAAAACUUUCCCCUCACCUAGCCAGGGCAAAGGUAAGACACACUAGUAUAUCCAAGAGCAGGAGCUAUAAUUAACCUCUCCGUGAGCCUCUAUAAAACCAGCUGUGAUGGAAACUGUUGGUCACACUAUGGAUGUAAGUAGAUGUGUACUAUUAUGUUGCACCACUGAACUCUUGCACCCUGCUGUUUUCUAAAAACAGGUCAGACUGGACUGCUUUUGCACAGAGUUCAGCUGAACUCAUGACAGCAGCUCCAAUAUUUACUGCAGCCUUGAACUGAAGCUCCCUGAGUUAUCUAUUGAUCGCAGCUGUCAGCAAAUUUAUUUAAAUGACACUUGAUUAUACAAGUGAAAAUAGUGGAAUUUUCCUCAAGGACAUCUGAUCAUUUCAGUGUCGAGACUUCAUCGGUCCAAUUUAAUAAUUUACCCACCAACUGGAAAAAAUAAACAUAUUGGAAGAACUCCAUUGUUUUACCAGUUCAUCCAACAGUGUGGAGACAUUUAUUUUUAUUUUUCAGGUCUUAAAAUUUCAAAAACACUUUUCCAGGUUUAUCACAGGCACAAUGCAUAAAACAUUUUUCUUUAAAAAAAAAAAAAAAAAAAAAUGGCAGACCUGGAACUUUAGAGAGAAAAAACAA